GGACCGUGAGUUCGUUUUAGGUAACUGACGGUGAACGAAUUUAGUUUCAUAUAAAUAGGAUGGAUUUCUGCAAUAUGGCACACUCAAAGCUCAUCCUUUAGUCGUGAAACAGCUUUCGAUAUGAAGCUGAUACUAGUCCUGUCGGUUAUAGCUUAUGGCUAUGCAGCCAAAUUGGACAGGACGUACCUUCCACCUGUAAGCGCUGGCACCGCUGGAGGCAGCCCUGGAUCCUUGACCGCUCCUCUGGGACCAUCUGGACAGCCUCAGUCUGGUUUUGGCCAGCCUUCUGGGUCAAAUUUCGCCCAGCAACCCAGUGCUUUCGGACAAAAACCAAGUGCUUUUGGUCAACAACCCAGUUCCUUUGGACAACAACCUAGUUCUUUCGGACAGAGCAGACCCGGGUCUUCUGGUUCUUCCGGGUUCGAUCAGCCAGCUCAGCAAUAUGGUGCGCCGGCUGGACAAGCUGGUGGUAAACAACCAUUCGGUCAAGGCUCGUCAGGUUUUGGACAAAAUGAACCGAGCUCUUUUGGUCAAUCUCCUUCAUUUGGACAAAGCCAAGGUCAAGACUACGCACGUCAACAACCGGAACGCGCUCAAGCUGCCUUUGAAAAGAACGCUGAGAUUUUAAGAUACGAUAACGAGAAUGAUGGAGAGACCUUCUCCUACAGCUUCGAGACUUCAAAUGGAAUUUCAGCGGAGGAAUCCGGUGUUGCCACUAAUGGUGUGCAAGCUCAGGGUGGAUUUGCCUACACAGGUGAUGACGGUGAAGUGUACCGAGUGACUUACACGGCUGAUGAAAAUGGUUAUCAGCCCCAGGGUGACCAUCUGCCGACCCCACCGCCAAUUCCUGAUGAGAUACUGAGGUCGAUUGAGGAGAACGCAAGAGCUGCUGCGUCUGGCACACAAGAAGGCGCAUACAAUCCUGAUGAGGACGAAUCCCAAGGUGCACCUCAACAGUACAACCAGAGACCUUCUGCUCAGUACGGUGCCCCUAACGCCGGCCAGGGUCCAUCCCGAUUUGGUGGUCAGCCCCAAGGACCUUCAUCCCAAUAUGGUGCGCCCAACGCUGGACAACGUCAACCUCAGUAUUCUUCUCCCAAUGGCAAUCAACCCCAGGGACCAUCUCAACGACCGGGACCACAAUAUGGCGCUCCUCAGGGCUCCGCAUCUAAAUUCGAUGCUUCCUCAAAUGGUCAGCGUCAAGGACCAUCUCCGCAAUAUGGUGCACCCAAUGCUAGACCCCAAAGUCCUUCAUCUCAGUACGGUGCUCCUUCUGCUGGACAGCGUCAACCUUCUUCCCAAUACGGUGCCCCUAAUUCUGCUCAACAAGGACCUUCAUCCCAGCCUCAAGGACCCUCUGCUCAGUAUGGUGCUCCAAAUGGUGCCCAACCCCAGAGUCCUUCAUCCCAAUACAACGCUGGUCAGCAACAAAGACCUGCUUCUCAAUACAACGCAGGCUCUCAGGCGCAAGCUCCUUCUAAUCAAUACGAUGCUCCCAAUGCCCGUUUCCCAAGCUCUAAGCCUUCCGGUUCUUUCAACAACCAGCCGUCCAGGAACCAAUUCCCUCAGUCUGGAUCCCAAGGUCCCUCAUCUCGUGGUCAGGCUCAAGGUGACGACAAUGGUUACCAAUACAACCGUCCUCAGUCUAACGCAGGAUUUGGACAAUCCCGACCUGGACAAGGUCCUCAGUUCAAUGCCGCCGCCCAGCCUUCAGGACCCCAGCAAUACAAUCGACCUGGUUCUCAGGGAUCUUCCUCGUUCUCCAGACCCGGAUCUCCAUCUCAGCAGCAAUACAACAGACCUGGUUCCAGCGCUCCAGGGUCUUUCGGACCUAGUGGACCAUCGGGGCCUGGUGCUAACGGACCCUCGGGACCUGGUGCUAAAGGACCCACGGGUCCUGGAUCUAAUGGCCAAGGACAAGGACCUUCUCAGGGAUCAUUCGGAUCUCCAAGACCUGGCCAAAACAGGCCUGGUUUCGGCCCUUCGAUGCCCCAGUCAGCGCCUUACCAAUACAACCACCCUGGUUCUCAAGGGGGCCAACCACAAAGGCCUGGAUCUCAGCCAACCAAGUCCCGACCCGGUCAAGACUUCGGAGGACCACGUCAACCACCCAGUUUUAGCGAAGAAGAAGGCUACAAAUACUAAAACCAAAGUCAACGAUAGUGAAUUUUCUAUUUAAAAGUAAGAAUAUGAAGCAUAAUGAUAAAAAAACAAAAAAAAAAACAAAGAAAAUUAAUUAUAGCAUUUUGUACAGAAAUGUAUAGAACUGUCGAAAAGAAUCACUGUGUGAUCAUGAAUUUGUAAAUAAAUGUAUGUUUAUUUAAAAAACCAGUUUUACUAUGAAUAAACCAAACCCAUUUUUCAUGCAUUCAAAUUAAAGUUCCACAUUAUUUUGUGAAAAAGUACUCUAAUCUUCUCUAUCUUCCCAAUGUCAAUUCUCGUUAGAUCUAACUUUGAAUACUUUUCGUGAUAUUUUUAUGACUUUUAA